CCUGGGACAGCCAAGAUGGAGAAGGAAACACCAUCUAAAAAAGUUGCGGCGCCAUCUGUGUCGCAGAUUAAUGCCGAACAUGUCACACAGCUGGCUAACAAAUAUUGGGCCCCUCAUGCAAAAAACAAAUUGCCCUUUGACCCAAAGGUGAUGGUUGAUAUUUAUGAAACAGAGAUUCUCAUGUCCAAAUUUGCCAUCAGGAAAAUCAUGUUGCUGGAGUUCAGUCAAUACCUGGAGAACUACCUUUGGGUCAACUACACUCCGGAGGUGUCCAGUAACGCCUUCCUCAUGUCUAUUUGCUGCAUUGUCAAUGAGAAGUUCAGGGAAAAUGUACCAGCCUGGGAGGUGUUCAAAAAGGAGCCGCACCAUUUUUCCUUCUUCUUCAAAUGUGUAAUGGCAGCUCUGCUGGCGGGCGACGAAGGCGGCCUCUCCCUGAAGGAACAAACAGUGCUCCUGGAGUUUCUCGACCACUGCUUCAAUAGUCUCGAGGUAGAUUUGAUAAGAGAGCAGGUGCAGCAGCUCAUCUCUUUGCCAAUGUGGAUGUGCCUCAUACCAUCCCGGCUCCAACACGAGCUGAAGAAAGUUCCCAAGCUGCAGAAGUUCUGGAAUCUCAUCAAGAAGAAAUUCGACAAGAUGGACGCCGACGCGGCCGAGCAAGCCAAAAAGGAGCGAACCUUCCUCUCGUCUCUCAUUAAAAAGUUUCACGAGGUCCUCGAGUCAAUUCCAGCGUCAGGGAGCAUCACCAUGGACAAGGUGCAUUACUGUGAGAGAUUCGUUGAACUCAUGAUCGACCUUGAGGCCUUGCUGCCCACUAGGCGGUGGUUCAACACGGUGCUAGAUGACUCCCACCUGGUCGUCAGUUGCCACCUUUCCAGCCUCACCCAGCGGGAGAAGGAGGGCCACCUCUUCUGUCAGUUGCUCGACAUGCUCAAGUUCUACACGGGCUUCGAGAUUAAUGACCAGACGGGAAAUGCCCUGACGGAGAAGGAGAUGACGACGGUGCACUACGACAGAAUCACAUCGCUGCAGAGAGCAGCCUUCGCUCAUUUCCCGGAGCUGCACGACUUUGCCUUGUCCAACGUAGCUGCGGUGGACACUCGGGAAUCCCUGACGAAACAUUUUGGCUCGCUCAGUCCCAAUAUGCUCCACCGGGUGGCAUCUUACUUGUGUCUGUUGCCUGAACUGCCCAAGGACCAAGACACCACCCAUGACAAGAAAGUUCUUCUGGAGCUUCUGGUGUCCCGUCACGAGCGCAGAAUCUCUCAGAUUGAGCAACUGAACCAGAUGCCCCUUUACCCGACCGAGAAGAUCAUCUGGGACGAGAAUAUCGUACCAACUGAGUACUUCUCUGGCGAAGGCUGCCUUGCGCUCCCCAAACUCAACCUCCAGUUUUUGACCCUCCACGACUACCUGCUAAGGAACUUUAACUUGUUCCGCCUUGAGUCCACCUACGAGAUCAGACAGGACAUCGAAGACGUGGUGUGGCGCAUGAAACCCUGGCAGUCCGAGUACGGCGGAGUGGUGUUCGGCGGCUGGGCCAGGAUGGCCCAGACCAUCACCGCCUUCACCAUCGUGGAGGUGGCCAAGCCCAACAUUGGCGAAAGCUGGCCUGCGCGUGUGCGGGCCGACGUCACUGUCCACCUCAACGUGCAGGACCACAUCAAGCACGAGUGGGAAGGUCUGCGUAAGCACGACGUCUGCUUUCUGAUCACGGUGCGGCCCAACAUGCCCUACGGCACGCGCUUCGACCGUCGCCAAGCCUUCGUGGAGCAGACGGGCCUCGUGUACGUGCGGGGCUGCGAGGUGCAGGGCAUGCUGGAUGAUCGGGGGCGUGUCAUCGAGGAAGGUCCCGAACCAAAGCCCAAGCUACGGGGCGACUCAAGAACAUUCCGCGUCUGGCUGGACCCCAACCAGUAUCAGCAAGACAUGACGAGCAGCAUUCAGGCGGGCACCGAGGACCCGUACGAAACGUUCAACAUCAUCAUGAGACGCAAGCCAAAGGAGAAUAACUUUAAGGCCGUUCUGGAAACCAUCAGAAACCUGAUGAACACAGAGUGCGUCGUUCCGGACUGGCUCCAUGACAUCAUCCUCGGCUACGGCGACCCGGGUAGCGCCCACUACUCCAAGAUGCCCAAUCAGAUCUCCACAUUGGACUUCAACGACACCUUUCUGUCCUUGGACCACCUACGCUCCUGCUUCCCCGGUUCAUCCAUUAAGGUGGUCGAAGAGAACCCUGAACUUCAAGUCCCGCCUUUCAGAAUAAAGUUUCCGGUCUCAAGCCAAACUGACAAAGGGAAGAAGAGGAAGGCAAAUGAUGAAGUCGAGGAGGAAGCGGAGGACAAACCCUUGAUUGUUGAGCCCUAUGUCACCCCCAACCGUGGGCCCUACCCUUAUAACCAGCCCAAGAGGAACACAAUUCACUUCACGCCUACUCAGAUCGAAGCCAUCCGAGCUGGCAUGCAGCCAGGUCUCACCAUGGUUGUCGGACCGCCAGGCACCGGCAAGACUGACGUUGCCGUUCAGAUCAUCUCCAACAUCUACCACAACUUUCCCGAUCAGAGGACACUCAUAGUCACACACUCCAACCAGGCUCUGAACCAGCUGUUUGAAAAGAUCAUGGCCCUGGACAUUGACGAACGUCACCUACUGCGUCUGGGCCACGGGGAGGAGGAGCUGGAGACCGAGAAGGACUUUAGCAGGUACGGCCGCGUGAACUACGUCCUAGCCCGACGACUGGAGCUACUCACGGAGGUGGGGAGGUUUCAGGAGAGCUUGGGUGUCCCUGGUGAUGUCUCCUAUACCUGUGAGACAGCAGGACACUUCUACCUCUACCAGGUGAUCUCACGGUGGGAAGAGUACCUGAGCAAAGUGAAGCCCAAACAGGGUGCGGAGGCGGAGGUGGAGGCCGUGGCGGCGUUCUUCCCCUUCCACAAGUACUUCUCCAACGCUCCCCAGCCUGUGUUCAAGGGCCGCUCCUACGAGGAGGACAUGGACAUUGCGGAGGGCUGCUACCGGCACAUUAAAAAGAUAUUUACCCAGCUGGAGGAAUUCAGAGCUUUCGAGCUGCUCAGGAGCGGACUGGACCGCACCAAAUACCUGCUAGUGAAAGAAGCUAAAAUCAUCGCCAUGACCUGCACACACGCUGCCCUCAAACGUCACGACCUGGUAGAACUGGGUUUCAAGUACGACAACAUCCUGAUGGAGGAAGCCGCUCAGAUUCUGGAGAUCGAGACCUUCAUCCCACUUCUCUUGCAGAACCCAGAGGAUGGUUACAGCCGGCUGAAACGUUGGAUCAUGAUCGGCGACCACCACCAGCUGCCCCCCGUCAUCAAGAACAUGGCCUUCCAGAAGUACUCCAACAUGGAGCAGUCGCUCUUCACUCGCUUUGUGCGGCUGGGCGUGCCAACCAUCGACCUGGACGCGCAGGGCCGCGCGCGCGCUAGUUUGUGUAAUUUGUAUAACUGGCGCUACAAGCACCUGGGGAACCUGCCGCACGUCCAGCAGCUGCCCGAGUUCCAGGUACCCAACCCCGGCCUGACGUUUGACUUCCAGCUCAUCAACGUGGAGGAUUUCAAUGGCGUGGGCGAGUCGGAGCCCAACCCUUACUUCUACCAGAACCUGGCAGAGGCCGAAUAUUCCGUGGCCCUGUUCAUGUACAUGCGUCUGUUGGGCUACCCGGCCGACCGCAUCAGCAUCCUCACCACCUAUAACGGGCAGAAGCACCUGAUCCGAGACGUCAUCAACCAGCGCUGCGCCAGGAAUCACUUCUUCGGACAGCCCAACAAGGUGACGACUGUCGACAGGUUCCAGGGUCAACAGAACGAUUACAUCAUCCUCUCGCUGGUCCGAACCAAAGCCGUAGGACAUCUCAGGGAUGUGAGGCGACUGGUGGUGGCCAUGUCCCGAGCGCGGCUGGGCCUUUACAUCUUCGCCCGGGUGGCGCUCUUCCAGAACUGCUUUGAGCUGACGCCCGCCUUCAACCAGCUGACGGAGCGCCCCCUGCAGCUGCACAUCCGGCCGCAUGAGUACUACAGCCAGGAGCAGCCGAGAGAUGCUUCGGACCAGCCGGACCAGGUGGUUCAAAACAUGCCUGAGAUGGCCAACCUGGUGUACAACAUGUACAUGCACAUGAUGCAGACCUCACACAAGUACAGACAGCAACAGGAGCAACUAGCCAAGCCUCCGCUGCAGGCCGAGCCAACUGACAGCUCGGCGGCCAGCUUGAAGGACGGCGAGACACCCCCGGAGCAGGAGAAGGAGGCAACGGCCCCGGAGCAUGACGGGGCGGCGGCCCCGGAGCAAACCCCCAUGGAGACGGAGAGCCAGGAUGGAGCAGGGGAGAUAGCGAAGGGAGAAAGCGACGCCGCCCACCAAACGUCUGAGGCGGACGCCAGCGGGCAGGAAGUAAAGCGGGAAGCAAACAAGAUGCCCGAACACCCUGGACGGGACAGCGACAGCGACGAAGAGAAUGAGGACUGUCGAAAGGGAGUCGAUGAAAAGCAAUAAUGGAGGACGCUUAGUUGGGACUGCUUGAAAGGACAAAGUGGAUCCUUUUUUUUUUUUUAUAACCAUGGUUAAACAUCAUGUCACGCCCAUUUUUAGUCAUUUUGAAUAAAAAGAAAUAAAUACAA